UUUGGGCAAUUGUAGUACUUUUUCGAUCUACAUGUGCCCACAAUAUUUUGAUUUUGUUUUAUUUGCUUCAUUUUAUUAAAACUAAGUAGUUCUGGUUGAAUAAUGAACAUCAGCGAGGAUUUCAAGCCGGUACCGACGCGAGCAGCCCUUGCAGUACAAAAAAAGCAAGAAAGCGUUGGUUUUCAGGCGCUGGUGUUUCACGAGCCGAAGGCUCCGUCAAAAAGUGCUCAGAAAAACCAGGAUGAAGGAUCCCAGAAGCUCCACAAAAGCAAAGAAGCGGGAAUGGAACUUAAUCCCGAGUUCGACAUCAAAAGGGCGCGCCAUGAGGUGCUCAACUUCGCCAUGAAAAACCAGAGGGUGAUAAAAAACAAGCAGAAGAUGGAAAUGUUCCAGCUGGUUAAGCUGGGCGCCAAGCCCUUAAAGAAAGCCUCCAAGAACUACAAAGAACUAAAGGACGAACGUCAGCGGCUAAAAAACAUUCGCGAGGAGCGCAAGAAGUUCCAUCAGUUGGGCAAAAACCAAACGGGAGCAGCCAGCGUAAAAUGUCGCAGUAAAUCGCAAAAGGAUCGCAAUAACAAGAAGCGGGCUCCGGUGUCCAACAUCGAUCAGCACUACGGAAAGGCGCAGCCCAAGUUUAAGACUAAAAAAUAGUUGUUAACUAGUGUAAACCUAAUAAUAAACGUAAUUUAAUAUAUGUA